GCAGUGGAGUCUGUGCCCGCAAAAGUGAUAGUAAUAACACUCUACGCCGUACCUCAAGCAUUUUUAACUCGUUCACGGCAACCACGCGGGAGAUACACGCAUUCGUAACCAUGAGGACGUACUACGUGAUAGCCGCCAUUCUGAUCGCCGGCGUGAGCGCCCAGGAAUCGUUCAAAUGCCCAGACGACUUCGGAUUCUAUCCGCAUCACAUAUCCUGCGACAAAUAUUGGAAAUGCGACAACAACGUCGCGGAGCUGAAGACCUGCGGUAACGGUCUUGCGUUCGACGCAAGCGACAGCAAGUUCCUCACCGAAAACUGCGACUACCUCCACAACGUCGACUGCGGCGAGAGGUCGCAGCUGGAGCCAGCCGUGAGCACGCCGCAUUGCCCUCGACUUUACGGGAUCUUCCCCGACGAGAAGAAAUGCGACGUGUUCUGGAACUGUUGGAACGGAGAAUCCUCCAGGUAUCAGUGCAGCCCUGGACUCGCGUACGAUCGCGAGGCUAGAGUCUGCAUGUGGGCAGACCAAGUACCUGAAUGCAGAAACGAAGAGGUCGCAGGAGGUUUCGCGUGUCCCGCCGCGGGCGAAGUGAGCGGAGCAUCCGGCAGCUUCAGCAGACACGCCCAUCCCGACGACUGCAGAAAGUAUUACAUAUGUCUCGAGGGUACCGCCAGGGAGUACGGUUGCCCGAUCGGCACCGUCUUCAAAAUCGGUGACGCGGACGGCAGCGGCGCCUGCGAGGAUCCCGAAGACGUUCCCGGAUGUGAGGAUUACUAUGGUGACCUGGACCUAAAGAGCAUCAGGAAGAGCGAGCUACUUGCCGGUAUUCAGAAUUCGGGCGAGACCAGGAAGCCUCACGGUCAGAGCAAACCAAGGCCCCCCUCGGCACCCGCGAGGCCCAACGCACCCCCUCAGGAAUAAUUUCUAAUAUUUCUGAUCCCCCCCCCCCUCUUUUUCUCUUCCCUUUCUCGCGUCUUCACGUUCCCUCCUCUCCAUCACUGCAUCUCUCUCUCUCUCACUCUUUCUCUCUCUCUGUUCCCUUGUUUCUGUCACACGAGCACACAUGUAUUUAAUACAAGGUAUUGAAUAUGUAAUACCGAGAGUCAAGAGUUGCCGUUCGGUAAACGUUUCCAGCGUUCGCAUUCAAGCAAAAUGCUGCGGAUCCACGGUGGCGCGAAUAAUUAUUUCGAUCCAAGCUCUUUUGUCCGAACAUUCUGCCCGAAAUGUAGCAUUUCGCGUAGCAACUGUGUCUUCCGACCCUGACCAAUACGUAAAUCACUGUCACGAAUCCUCAGUAUCCGACUGAGAAACUCAGACUUAUCGUAAAACCGACCCUAGCGAUUGGAAAUAAAUACAGAUUCGCGUCUAGAGGGAUAUUGUAUCGUGUUGCAAUGCAUUUUUCACGAUUUAUUACAUAUUCGAUAUUUUUAAUUAACGAUUACUUGCGCGAAAAGAAAAUACAAAUCUCUCGAAAAAAUUACAGAAUAAUUUGGAGAAUUUUCUAAGCAAGGAAAUCGACAUUUGUUGGUUCAACCUUAGCAAACUGAAUUCAGUAAUGAAGUAAACAGUCUGAAAAAAAUUUUUCAAGACGAAAAAACGAUUUUUUUGAAGAUGUAAUUAUUCACGCCACCGCGUUACACAUCGGUGAACACCUUGCGUUCGACAGAAAUUCACGAGAGAUCGUUCGUUUCGAACAUGGAGAGAGCGAAAUUCGAAUUCCAUUCGCAUCAACGUUCGCGUUAAUUAGCAAUUAGAAGAUGCGUCUUGUCGCGGGCGAUAGAAACAAACGGGUCGUUCGCGCGAUUUUAAUUCCCCGCGGCCCGUUUUGUCUAUCAUUUCUCCGUCGUCCAGUUACUUCAGAUGAGAAAAUCGAACGAGGAACCCGCGUAAAAUUAUUAAGAGACUGAUCGUAAGCUCGUCAGAGCGUGGAAGGCUAAUUAAAAUCCGCGAACAUCGUUCGGUUACUUUUCCCCCCGAUGAAUCUAUUCUUUCGAUUAUCUUUUUUUUUUUUUGCUCGUAUUCGUUGGAAAAGUCGGAAUAUUCGAUCGGGGUAACUUCUCGUCGAGCUCCCUUCGAGCUUGUUCUUUCACUCUUUCUUGCCUGUUAUCAUUUUGCACCCCCUUGAUCUGUCUUCGCUGUUGCUGUUCGUAUUCCCUCCUUUGCUGUCGCGAGACGUUCGAUUCUUUAAAAGAAGAAAAUAGAAGAGCGUACGAAGGAAAAGGCUCUGUGAUCGCGACGCGUAUAUAUCGCGCAGAGGAACGAGUUCGCUGAAUUUCACAGAGAGUUUCGAACAAAAAUUCAGUGGACAGUGACUUCUAAAUUUCGUAAAUUCGGGAGCCCGGUCCUGUCGCGCUCUUGGCCUCGGUCGAGCAUGCUUGCGUAAGCUAGACUCAUCCGUAUAUUUGUAAGUAAUGU